AAUGCGCCGUUUUCUUGAGCAAGAGCGGCAAAACCAGCCAGCUCCACAAAAAUCCGCCCGGCCACUCUGCCCAGUGGCUCUCGAUGGCCUUGCCGUUGGAAGGCUUACCAAUAUACGAUGCGACGAAAAUAUCUCCGCCACUAUCCAUUGCUCUGUCCCCGCGCGCCAUGACUGUUUCCCAGGCCGCGCCGAUGGCCGCGCCGGUGGUGGCUGCGGCCGCGCACACCGUCUGCCUUCCCACCGCGUGCCGGAGCAUUUCGCCGCGGGCAUUGCUGUCGCGGGCGCCCGCUGGGACGACGGGCGGGUUCAGGUGGCGACCCCGCCGGCGCGCGCGGCGCGCGGGGCGGGCCACCGGCCUCGCCACCGGCCGCGGCCGCGGCCUCGUGGUCGUGGGCGAGUUCGGCGGGACGUACGAGGAGGGGUUCGAAGACGUCCACAAGAAUAUCAUCAACUACUUCACUUACAAGGCCACACACACGGUCCUCCAUCAGCUGUACGAGAUGAAUCCGCCGUCGUACACUUGGCUUUACAAUUACGUUGUCGUCAACGAUCCAUUAGACGGCGAUUAUUUCCUUCGCUUGCUCGCAAAGGAGAGGCAGGACCUGGCAGAGAGAGUGAUGAUCACACGCCUUCACCUAUACGGCAAAUGGAUCAAGAAAUGCGACCACGCGAAAAUGUACGAGAGGAUCUCCAACGAGAACUUGGAGAUCAUGCGCCAGAGGCUAUUGGAGACUGUGGUUUGGCCGACCGAUGACAAGAACACCAGCGAGACCAAGGAUUGACGGCAACACGAUUGGAACUUGUGUUAAGCAAUGAGUGGUUUCACUCAACAAUGUAAGGAGAACUGCUCCGGGUGGUCUUCUUUUAGAAAAGUGCACGACUCUUAAAGAACGAUAACAGCAAGAUAAUUAGUUAACCCUUAAUAGGGCAAUGGUGUCUUUCUUUCUUC